CCUCAUUUGUGUCCGCCCGCGUUCCUUGGCGUCAUCACCGAGAGGGCGAGAGCACCGGACCCUAGGCUAGCUCCUUUCCCCUUCCUUCCCUCCUUUCCCACGAGCUUUUGCUUCGACAUCUUCCCCUCAUCGUCCUCCUCCUCAUACCGCUAUCCCGACAUGUCGUCGAUCCGCGACGCUCGUCGUCGCAGCGAAGGCGGUGGAGGUAGCAUCAACAACAACGUGGGCAGCAUCGGCAGCGCUCCUUCUACGACAGCAUCGAGACGAAAACAGGACCGGCGCAGCGUUAUAACUACGCCGGCUUGGGCGAGGGAUACAGAGGAUGAUGUCGGAGGCCUAGAGGGAGGAGCAGACGCCAGCCAGGGAGCUCAAGCUUCUUCGUCCGGCAGCAAAAACAAACAACCCGCAGCAUCCCAACCUCAACCCUCAUCGUCAAAGACCCGACCUCCAGGUCCGAUAUCCACCCCUUCAGCCUCAGUAGGCGGCAUGGGCGGACGAAGCAGCAAUGCGCCCACACCAACGGGCGCCACUUCCUCCUCACCUCAUGGCGACGAAGACGAAGGCAGCAGCGGAGCGGAUCGCUUCUGGACCUUCACACUUCCCAAGAAGUACCGCAACAGGCUGCACGAGCAUCACCUCCUUAUGCUCCACCAGAGCAAGGAGAAGGAGCGCACCGCUGACGAAGAGCGCCAAAAGCGCGAGAAGAAGGGCAAGGCUGUUACCGGCAGCGCUAGAAGACGGGAUAGCGCCUGCUCUUCGCAGAGUAGCAGUAGUGGGAGCAGUGAGAGCGGCGAUGGGAGCGAUACGUGUGAGAGUGACGAGGAGGUUCCCGGUGACAACAACGACAAUCUGCAGGGGCUGAGCGGGGCUGUUCCCGGUGGGAUCGAUGGGAGGCAACGUCAGAAGAAGGAGCAUCAUCACCAUCACAAGCAUCAUCGCCAUCACGGCAAAGGCAAAAGCAAGGACAAAGAGAAAGAUCGUCGAGCUGACGCUAUCGGGCUUGGCGAGGCGACCAGCGCCGGCACUGCUGCCGGAUUUCUUGGCGGGCAAGGAGCGAGGAAAAGGCAGCAGAGUAGUAAUCGAAUCACACAGCAGCAACAGCAGCAGCAGCAGCAGCAGCAGCAGCAGGGCGACAACAGCCUUCCUGCCAGCACAAGCGGAGACGACUCGAGCGGCAACAUACCCCGAAGCAAGCAAAGUGACACGGAAGCCCAGCAGCAGAGCGACCCCUCCUCGUACCUCCCUGCGACGGAGAUGCGCGCACGUAUCCCUGCCAACAAUAAUGAUGAAGAGCUAGGCAAGUCGUUCACUCGCUUUCAAGCUCAAACGCCCGGCUGGGAGUCACCGUGGAGGCCAGAGGCGUCGCAGUGGGACCAGUACGACCUCGAUGGGGCCGACCAAGGGGACCGAGAUGGCAAGGCGGAUGGCAAACCCUCUGGCUCACAAGGGAAGAAAAAGCUCGCCUUCAUGGGUCUCAAUCGCCGCAAUCAACGCAAUGGCGCCUCAGAGAGUAGAGGGCACAAGCGUGGCGCCUCGACUUCCUCACGCAAGAGCAAAAAGAAAGGCAGUCGUGGCGCCCCCAUCAUCUCCUUCGACGAGAAGACCGGUCGCGCCAUCCACGGAGACGCCUCAACGCAUCGCUCCACGACCGAAUCGGCGUGGGCCUCCUUCCUGCUGCACCAUCCCUUUGCCCCGCUGCUGCUGCGCUGCAUCAAUCUCUGCUUCACGACCGCCACGCUCGCGAUUGCGAUCAAGCUUUACAUCACGUUGCGAGCACAGAGGGCUAGCGACAGCGUUGGGUCGUCCCCACUGUUCGGAAUUGUGGUAGCGCCAUUGAGUCUAGUGCAUGUGGCGACGCAGGUGUGGUUGGAGUACUUUGGGAGACCGAUCGGGCUUUGGAGCGUUGGUAGUAAGCUGGGGUACCAGUUGAUCGAGCUCAUCUUCAUCUCCCUCUGGUCCUCACUCCUCUCCCUCACGUUCGACAAUUACGCCACCUCCUCCCUCGUCUGCGUGAACUGGUACUCCCCAUUCAACACCUCUGCCUCCUCGUCCGGUUCUUGCGCGGAAGCUGAGGGUCCCAACGUGCUUCAGAACCCGGGAUUGCAGCCAUACAUCUGUAGAUUGCAGGGAGCAUUCAUCGGGUUGAGCUUUACAACCUUGUUGGCGUACGUGACGGUAUUUGCUGUUAGUUUGUUCAGGACCGUUAGCAGGAGGUAGAUGAGGAUUGGGGCAAUAAUACCAGGGCAGAUAGUCAAGCCAACCAGCCAUCUGUUCCCAUCCUUCACUGCCUUGUCCUUGCUUUCUGAUGUUCGUCGUACAUGGACUCAAUUUAUCACACAUGCCAUUCACAGCUUCAC